AUGCGAGGACUGGGAAUUUUGGCGCUUGCCCCUUUGGCAGCUGCAAAAGCCCUGCAUAUCCGGCAAACAGCAUGCAACAACUCGCCAUCUUUAUGCUCCAAAUCCUAUGGUGAGAUUACUCAUCUAGGUGCACAUGAUAGUCCGUUCCUCCGAGACUCAUCAACUGAUUAUUCGACCUUUGGAGACCAAUACUAUAAUACAACACUACAACUCGAGGCGGGUGUACGUCUCGUAACGGCGCAAGUGCAUAAGUCAGAUUCGGAGUGGCACUUGUGCCAUACCAACUGUGAUUAUCUCGAUGCAGGCAAGUUGAGCACAUGGUUAUCAGAAAUCAAAACUUGGCUAGACUCGAACCCCAAUGAUGUCGUCACGGUCCUGCUGGUGAAUUCUGACGACGCAACAGCAUCAGAUCUUCAUUCAGAGUAUGAAACAGCCGGUAUUGGGAAUUACACCUACACUCCUACCUCACAGACUUCCGCUCCCAGCUCGUGGCCAACGCUGCAGGAGCUUAUCAACAACGGUACUCGGCUGAUAUCAUUUGUGGCAUCGCUGGAUGCCUCGAAUAAUACGGUGGCUCCUUACCUUAUGGAUGAAUUCACUUAUCUCUGGGAGAAUCCUUAUGAUGUGACGUCGGCGUCGAAUUUCUCUUGCACGCCUGAUCGCCCCACAACCGUCAAGAAUGACCUGUCUGCUGCGCUCUCCUCCAACCGGCUACCUUUCAUGAACCACUUUCUCUAUCAGACCACUAUUCUAGACAUCGAGUACCCGAAUGUUAGCUAUGUGGGCACGACUAACGCCCCGUCAGGCGGCACAGGCAACCUCGGCGAUACUGCGAAGAAGUGUAAGAGUGCUUACAAUGGCCGUCAGCCGACUUUCAUCCUGGUAGACUUCUUCAACAAAGGACCGGCGAUUACGACCGUGGACAGCUUAAACAACGUCACCGAUGCCACAGGACGCGCCAACCUUACAUCAACCACACAAACGAGCUCUGCCUCCACCUAUUCAAACGUGUUCAAAGGAUUGGUCGAAGUGGUCCAAAAGGCAAUGGACGGAGCAAAUCCAAGCAUGGGGGAAUGGAUCUGGGCUGGUGGUGACUGGGGCAGCCUGUUGGGUGGCGGGAUCACCCUUUGAGCCUCGCUUGCUACUCCUUCGCCUUUGCCUUCCUCGUCGUUCCUACUCAUCUCUAAGUCUUAUAAUUUAGCGGCACGUCAAAGAUGAGUGUUGACAGGCAUGAACACAAGCUUAGUGCCUUUUCAUGGUUCUUUCCUUGGGAUAAUCCCCUGACACUCAUUUGCUUCAUGACUGGCAUGUAACUAUGCAUCAAGCCGGCGUUUCUAUGGUGACUUUUGACUCGCAAUCGCUGUAUCUAUGUAUAUGAAAUUACCCCUUGUUCAUUUGUCUAUUAGCUGUCUUCCAUGCCCAGAGGGGCGUUGGCAACAUGCCACUUGGGGAUCGGAUUUUCUAGUUGCACAGCAAAAGCACUCGACGACAUGGAGCUCACUGCUUCCCUAGCAGGGAAC